AUGGGGAGAAACGUUCUCGGGAGGAGGCGUCCCGCGUUCAUCAGCGUGCCAUGGAGAUGGGUCAUGGUGGAUGUCGUCGCCCCCAGGGACGCCGGAUCACAUGUAGAGAUGAUGAGGACGACAUUAGCAAUUGCCGAUGACGAUCUAUACAUUCUUGGUUUCGCUAAUCGCACCGGCCAUUGGCACGUCAUGAAAGAUUUUGGAGGUUUACCAGAACCACUCACGAAGCUAACGAUUGAACAUAGCUAUGGCGACCUGGUUGGUAGUUUCCAGAAUCUCCACACAGUUCCUCUGGGAAGGGAGUCCGCCGUACAAGCCGUCAGAACACUUGCAAACUACAACAGCGCCAUGGCCGAAGCACAACUCAAACUGCCGAUUGCCAAGUUUGCGAUCAUGAUAUCUGAAGCCCUGCGGUUCCCUUUCAUCAGGAAUACGUUCAGUACAAAUUGGGAGAGCGAGACCUUCAUGAAGCCGGACCAUGUGAAAUACGUGGUUUAUUGGGGACGGCUCUCUAAGGCCCUAGUGUGGUGGAAGCAAAGUGGAAAUAAUUGGUGGCCACGUCCAGACAGCGACCUUGGUGAAGACUUUGAAUACAUUAAUGUCAAAACGUCACAGGAUGCUGUGAAGCUAGUUGAUUUGCUGAUUCGCCCAGCUUCAAGGUACUCCUAG